AUGCAAAACGACGAAGGAGCACUUGUUGAGCUAUACAUACCAAGAAAAUGCUCCUCAUCAUCGCGUAUCAUCGCAGCAACUGAUCAUGCAGCAGUACAAAUCGACUUGGUCGAUGUAGAUCCUAAAACUGGACGCAUGGUACCAGGAAAAGUUAUAAGAUACGCAAUCUGUGGAGAAAUUCGGCGUAUGGGUGAAUCGGAUGAUUGCAUUUUGCGUCUUGCGAAGCGUGAUGGUUUGAUACCAAGCGGUUUUUAA